UGCAGUCUCUGCAGGCAGGGGCUGAGACUCAGUCUCCCAGAGGAAGCCGGAUCCCAUCACAACAACAAGCAGCGGCGGCCGCGGCAUCCUGAGGCCCAGCAUGAUGGGGGCAGCCCGGGACCCUGACUGAGCAGCGCCCCACCCCCCGCUGGAGAGCGUGCGGCCCGGGCUACAGGCGGAGGGGAGUCCCAUGAGGCCGGGAUCAUGCAGCCUUCCCCGCAGACCUACGACUUCUUCAGCGAGGAGAACGGCCUGAAGUGGCGGGGGCUCUUCGUACCAGCCCUGAAGAAGGUCCUACAACAAGUGCACCCCACCCUCGCCGCCAAAGAAGACUCCUUGUAUUACAUCGAGGAGCUCAUCCUUCAGCUUCUUAGUAAAUUGUGCAUUGCCCAGCCCAGGACUGUCCAGGAUGUGGAGGAGCGAGUGCAGAAAACCUUCCCCCAUCCGAUCGACAAGUGGGCCAUUGCCGAUGCUCAGUCCGCCAUUGAAAAGCGAAAGCGAAGGAAUCCCCUGCUGCUUCCUGUGGAUAAAAUACACCCCUCGCUGAAGGAAGUGCUCGGCUACAAGGUGGACUACCAUGUCGCUCUCUACAUCGUGGCGGUGCUGGAGUACAUCUCCGCUGACAUCUUAAAGCUAGCCGGAAACUAUGUCUUUAACAUCCGACACUACGAGAUCUCGCAGCAGGACAUCAAAGUGUCUAUGUGUGCUGAUAAGGUGUUGAUGGACAUGUUCGACCAGGACGACGACAUCGGCUUAGUGGCGCUCUGCGACGAGGAACCGUCCUCAACGGGGGAACUUAACUAUUACGAGUUGGUCAGGACGGAAAUUGCUGGAGAAAGACAAUAUCUGCGUGAGCUGAACCUGAUCAUCAAGGUCUUCCGGGAGGCGUUCCUGGCUAACAAAAAGCUCUUUACUCCCAAUGACGUAGAGAUUAUCUUCAGUAACAUUCUGGACAUUCAUGAAUUAACAGUGAAGCUCCUUGGUCUGAUUGAGGACACGGUGGAGAUGACGGAUGAGUGUAGUCCACAUCCGCUGGUUGGAAGCUGCUUUGAAGAUUUAGCGGAGGAACAGGCCUUUGAUCCUUAUGAAACCUUAUCCCAGGACAUCCUUGCCACCCAGUUCCAGGAACACUUCCACAACCUCAUGGCGAAGCCGGUCGUUGCGCUGUACUUUCAGUCAAUUUCGGGAGGCUUUAAAGAAGCCGUGAGAUACGUCCUCCCGCGUCUGAUGCUGCUUCCCGUUUACCACUGUUUGCACUAUUUCGAGUUAUUGGAGAUGUUACAAGAACGGAGCGAAGACCAGGAGGACAGAGAGUGCCUGAAACAAGCCAUCACCGCUCUGCUCAACCUUCGAUGUAGCAUGGAACGUAUUUACAAUAAGCAUUCGCCGCGCCGCCGGCCGGGGGAGACCAUUUGGCGCCUGUACAGCGGUCAAAUGCGCAGCAAACACCUGGCGAUAAAGAAAAUGAAUGAAAUCCAGAAGAACAUUGACGGCUGGGAGGGUAAAGACAUCGGGCAGUGCUGCAAUGAGUUCAUCAUGGAGGGCUCCCUGACCAGGGUGGGGGCCAAACACGAACGACACAUAUUCCUCUUCGACGGGCUGAUGAUCAGCUGCAAAACCAAUCACGGCCAGUCGCGAAUCCCCGGAUACAACACGGCGGAGUACCGCUUGAAGGAGAAGUUCAUCAUGAGGAAGGUGCAGGUCAUUGACCGGGAGGACUCGUGCGAUUGCCGGCAUGCCUUUGAGCUGCUCUCAAAAGACGAGAACAGCGUUGUCUUUGCCGCCAAGACAGCUGAAGAGAAGAACAACUGGAUGGCGGCUCUAAUUUCGCUGCAGUACCGCAGCACGCUGGACCGGAUGCUGGACUCUGUGCUCAUCCAGGAGGAGAACGAGCAGCCGCUGCGCCUGCCCAGCCCGGACGUCUACCGCUUCGUGGAAGAGGAUUCCGAGGAGAACAUAGUCUUCGAGGACAACGUGCAGAGUAGGGGAGGAAUUCCCAUCAUUAAGGGGGGGAGGGUGGUGAAGCUCAUCGAGAGGCUGACCUAUCACAUGUAUGCAGAUCCAAACUUCGUUCGCACUUUUCUGACCACGUAUCGCUCUUUUUGUAAGCCGCAGGAGCUGCUGAGUCUGCUGAUCGAAAGAUUUGAAAUACCGGAUCCAGAGCCCACAGAAGCCGACCGAAUCGCGAUAGAGAAGGGAGAACAGCCAAUCAGCACCAACCUUAAAAGAUUUAGGAAAGAAUAUGUUCAGCCGGUGCAACUCAGGGUACUAAAUGUAUUUCGGCAUUGGGUUGAACAUCAUUUCUAUGAUUUUGAAAGAGACCCCGAGCUCCUUGAGCGAUUAGAAACCUUCAUUUCCAGUGUUAAAGGAAAGUCCAUGAAGAAAUGGGUGGAGUCCAUCGCCAAAAUCAUCAGGCGCAAGAAGCAAGUUCAAGCGAACGGCGUCAGCCACAACAUUACCUUUGAGAGCCCCCCUCCGCCUAUAGAGUGGCACAUAAGUCGCUCGGGUCAGUGUGAGACCUUUGACCUGAUGACCUUGCAUCCUAUAGAGAUCGCUCGUCAGCUGACUCUCAUAGAGUCUGAACUGUACAGGGCCGUGCAGCCAUCAGAACUUGUGGGCAGCGUCUGGACAAAAGAAGACAAAGAAAUUCACUCCCCUAACCUGCUGAAGAUGAUUCGUCACACCACAAACCUCACGCUCUGGUUUGAAAAGUGUCUCGUGGAGACUGAGAACUUCGAGGAGCGGGUGGCCGUUUUCAGUCGCAUUAUUGAAAUUCUUCAGGUUUUUCAAGAUCUGAAUAAUUUUAAUGGUGUUUUGGAGAUUGUCAGCGCAGUGAACUCCGUCCCCGUUUAUCGCCUGGAUCACACCUUCGAGGCGCUACAAGAGAGGAAGAAGAAGAUACUUGAUGAAGCCGUGGAGCUUAGUCAAGAUCACUUCAAGAAGUACUUGGCAAAACUCAAGUCGAUCAACCCACCGUGUGUGCCUUUCUUUGGAAUAUAUUUAACCAAUAUACUGAAAACCGAAGAAGGGAACCCGGACUUCCUGAAGAGACAAGGCAAAGAACUGAUCAACUUCAGCAAAAGACGGAAAGUGGCCGAAAUCACCGGGGAGAUCCAGCAGUACCAAAACCAGCCUUAUUGUUUACGGGUCGAGCCGGACAUCCGGAGGUUCUUCGAGAAUCUGAAUCCUAUGGGAAAUACCUUGGAGAAAGACUUCACAGACUACUUGUUUAAUAAAUCCCAAGAGAUCGAGCCUCGAGGCUGCAAACAGCCCCCCAGAUUUCCACGAAAAACAACAUACCCAUUGAAGUCUCCUGGCAUACGACCAAAUAGCGGCAGACACCUGUCAUCUUCUGGCACUCUCCGCGGACAUCCCACCCCGCUGGAAAGGGAACCGUAUAAGAUCAGCUUCAGCAGAAUCACCGAAUCAGAACACGAAUCUAUGAGCUCUCCACCCAUUUCACCCAACACUCCGUCUACUCCUCCCGCCUCCGCCUCCUCGGAGCUCAGCGUCUUUUUAGACAUUGAUCUGAACAGUUCCUAUGGUAGUAACAGCAUCUUUGCUCAAGUGUUCCUGCCACACUCCAAGUCCGUCUCCAGCUCUUGUAACAGUCUGCACAGGCUAAGCGAAGAGCCUCUCCUUCCUCCUCCAUUGCCUCCACGUAAGAAAGUUGACCCGGAUGCUUGCAGCCUCUCGGUAUGUGCUAUUAUCUGCCACGUGGUGCUCGCACAUGGAACGUCUCGAUCGGAUGAGGACCCCCCGGCCGUUCCACCCAGACUGCCUCCACCUCCAAAGAUCCAACCCAGAGUCCCUGCUUAUACCGGAGCGUUUGAUGGACCUCUGCACAGCCCGCCUCCUCCUCCCCCUAGAGACCCUCUUCCUGACACCCCACCUCCGGUCCCACAGAGGCCUCCCGAACACUUCAUAAACUGCCCCUUGAAUCUUCAGCCUCCACCCCUGGGCCGCCUCCACCGAGAGCAGGAUUGGUUCCGGGAGGCCAGCACUGUUCCGCACUCUCCCAACACCCCUCCGAGCACCCCAUCGCCCAGAGUGCUGCGCCGCUGCUGUGGGCUCAGCACCAGUCACAACAACCUGUCUCCGUUCGCGGCUCCACCCGUUCCUCCGAGGCAGAACUCCAGCCCUCAGCUCCCAAAACUGCCACCAAAGACUUACAAAAGGGAAUUCUCCCAUCCCCCCUUGCACAGACUGACCUUGCUGGAAAACUCAGAAACGCCGCAAUGACUACGGCCGCCGCGAAUCCUGGGCGCCGGCCGGGGAUCAGCGAGGGACUUUUACUAGCUUUCUUUGUAAUUUAUUUUGAUAAGGCACUGUAUUUCCGGUGUUAACCCCUUCUUCUGGGCUCGACGUUCAGCCACAGAGGGGUUAAUGACGACGCUCUUACACUAAAGUGCUACUGAUCAAAGCGGCAAGCGCAGGAAUGACCUCCACACUACGGCCUUCAGACACAGCGCGUUACUGCCUCAGGGGACCACCACCUUUUUUUUUUUUUUACUUUUUGUCUCACAAUUUUAAAUUAUUUUUUUUUUAUUGCACUGCGCCCUCCAAGCGGGCCAGCCCGGUCACACUCCAGGUGUAUACAAUGGGCCAAAUAAUUUGGAAAAUGUGUACGUUGAGGGAUACGACGUCACGUUUGUCACACGCACCAAGUGGCCUUUUAAUUUCCAGACGGGACGCAACGUCGGCGAUUCCCCCGCAGGAAACAUCAUUCCGCAUGUCCCGUUUUGCUUUGUGGGGCCCCCAAUGUACCUGCAGACCCUCGGGCGCCUCUUGGUUUUUGGGCAGGUAGUUUUAUAUCUGCACGCAGCAUUUUGUGAGGGUACAAAUAACUUUUCCCUCAAUCCACUCAACAGAGGUGUAGCAGAGCCGAGUUUGUCAUUUGAAAACGGUAUCCUGGUUUUAGUUGAAUAAAGCUCAGUUAUUGUAUAAUGAAGAAUUGCAACUUCCUAAUGUCCUUUGUCCCAGUUCAACCAUUUUCAAGAUCGCUGCUUGUUGUCAGUGAACUAUAUUCUUUUUUAUUUUAUGUGCAGGGCUCUUUCUGAUGCAUUUCAAUCAUGGGGGAUCGUAGGGAUUGGAUCCAGCUGUGAUCCUGUCAAAAAGAUUUCAUUCUCUGGUUGUAAAUAAGAAGGAUCCUAGUCACUGACAGCAAGCACAUUUUAAAAAUAAGAAAGCGAAGCCCCCAACUUGCACAAAAUAUCUGCAAAAUGUUAGGUUUUUUUAUGAUUAAAGGGGUACUCCUAUUUUAGGCAUUUAUUUUAUAUCCACAGGACUUUCCUCUGGACCCUCAUCUAUUGCAGAACAGGGGGUCCGCUCACACCCCCAUCAUUUGCCAAUUCCUGACUACCGCGUUAUCCGUACACUUCAACAGACGCACGUCUGCGCUGCCCCAUGUCUGGGAAUCGGCAAAUGCAUCAGGGCCCCCAGACCUGUCCGGCAUUUCUAACCCGUGGACAGGGGGUGGCGCUGUUUCCACCAUAAAGCAACCAGGUUUUUCUAAUCCUGGCCAACCUCUUCCAUGACAGACUCGGCUCUGCUACUUUUGUUAGUAAGUUUUUGAUGAGCUCAAGAAUGGGUUUUCACGGAACAAAGGUGGUCGCGCCUCCCCCCGUUUUAGGUGAGGAUUGGAACAUUUAGGCGAUACUAGAGCGCGCAGUUGGCGAUCAUAUUGAAGAUAGCUAAGGUUAUGGCUGACGUGCCAUAGGGGCCAACAGUCAGGUUUUUUUUUGCAUCCUCCUUUACACAUGCAUGCACAGCUCAGCCGAGUGUGCAGGUGUUCAGUAGCCCCAUACACAUUAGAUGGUCGGCAGGUUGUCUGGAUGAUCUUCAUCUAGUGUGUAUGGCUGACGGGACGCCCCCAGACGAGCAUUAAGCGUGCGGACUAUUCUAAUGUGCCUUUUCCUUUAGUUCAGCAGGAUCCUGCUCAUGAGUUGCCUUUUCUACCGAGACCUCUCUCUGCCAUGAAUGUAGAGUCUAAUACGACCGCGCUCCGAGCCUCCUGUAGAGCGCCUCAUUCCAGACACCAGAAUAUUUUCCCAGGUCCCCUACAGACUGGUCGCGUAUGGCACGCAGUGGGUUAAAGAACAGGAACGAAAGUAGGAAACAGUCAGUCCUUGCACUGUGUCUAUAGAGGCUGUGUCGCCUGUAGGGGGCGGCAGCGGUCUGCAGCGCUGCGUGCACUUUUUAAAAUCAGGUGACCGUGGUCUUCCCCCUCCCCUUCUGGAAAAGCGGUUAAAUUGUUGCUUUCCGCUGAUCAGUCCAAGGUGAAGGUUCCGCAGUAUUUUAUCCAGUUAUGCCUUAAAUUCUGGAUCCGUCUUAUUCUUCUAUCUGCUAGAAGUAUUAAGGGGGGGGG